ACGGGACAGAUCAUCAAAAAUUUAAGCGAACCUGCAAUGUCACCAGACUUGCUCUAAGUCUGUUGCAGAGAACAAAUUUAAAUUUAGUACUGUGGCACUGAAAUUUUUAGUCAAAUGAAAACUUUGUCGAAGAAAACUGUCAGAAAUUGUGUAAUGGGGGAUAUAUAUAGAAAGGGAUCAUUUCACUCCAACUCCAAACCCCAGCAGCGUUUUUUAACUUCGCAGCGACAGCGGCCUCGCCACACGCCUCCUCCAGAGUUAUUUUUUUUUUUUUACUCUCUGAUAUAUUCUUACUUAUUUGUUCAUGGCUGAACACAUCACAUCAUUUUCAUGUUUUUGGGAGUACUUGAAAAGGGCCAAUGGCCUUUUGACCAAAUCUUUUCUCACCCCUAAAAACAAGCAAAAGGCUGGAGAGUGAGGUUACAUUAUUAAUCUUGUAUGUCCUAUAUUGUUAGGAUACCAACAGCUGGUUUGUGCUUGUGAUAGUGCAGAUAGCUUUACUGUGUGUAUCUUGUAACGUGUAGCUACAGUAAUCAAGCAUGUGCUGUUACUGUAAUUGAGCAUGUGCUUAAUAUGCUUUUAGAGAUGAGGUAGUUAAGGGUAGUUAAAAGUCUGUAUGGCUGGUUUGUAGAUUCUGUCAGAUGCUAGUAUAAAGGAGCACUGAAUUGUAAAGGGGCAUUUCAUUUAAUGAAUAAGCUGAUUUAUGUGUUCGGCAGCAUUAAUCACCCAGGGGUCUAACUUUUCUCAUUUUAUACAUUUGUGUGUUUGAGUGACUUUAGGGUUACUUAGGGGACCUGAUUUUGUAUAUUUUGUGUGUUGGAAUGACUUUAAUAUAGGCUUUUUUUAAUGCCUUACCUCCUUUGUUUUUGGAUUGUAGUACAGGUUGGUCAUUAUAUCUCUAACAGAUUCUAUAUAUGCCAAGUUAUCCACCAAUUGCGAAGCAUGCAAGUGAAAUAAGAAAUAAGAGUGGUGUGUAGUGUGUGCAGCAAAGUGGUGUGUAGCAAACCAAGAAACUCAACAAAGCUUUCUCUUUCUUUCUCAAAAAAAAAAAGAAACUCAACAAAGGAAGGAGUAAUGCCGUCUCGUAGUGAAAAUUUCAGCCUUUCAGGACCAAAUCCCAGAGUUGAUAUUAACUGGAACGAUGUAAAAUACAGAAGAUUGGUUAUUGCCUGUUUGGUUAAUGGAGUGUACAUUCUUGAAAGUGACCGCCAGCAGAACCGUGAUGAAAUUGAGGCUCUUGCAACACCUUGGUGGGAAUCCUUCCAUUUCCAACUACAUCACAAGCUCGUAGACAAUAAUGAUUCCAUAUUCGGUGCCAUUUAUGAAUACAAAUACCCUAAUCCUGCUCCAAGCUUUCCACAAUAUGUUAUUGCCUUCCGAGGAACACUCAUGAAAAAGGAGACAGUGUUACGUGACGGCAAAUUAAACUUCAAGUGCUUCUAUAACAAACUUCACAAGAGUUCCAGCUUUCAACUUGCAAUGGAUUGUGUUCUGGUUACUAUGUCUGGAGGUGCAAGGGUGUGGUUAGCUGGACAUUCUCCGGGGUCAGCUAUGGCAUUGCUUGCAGGAAAGAACAUGGCCAAGAUGGGUUACUUUCUUGAAACUUAUCUUUUUAAUCCUCCAUUCUUAUAUUUCCCCAUGGAGGCAGCUAUCAAGGAUACAAUAGUGAAGUUUGUUAUCCGCUGUGCAAGUAGUGUUGUCAGUGCAGGCCUGAGUCGUGAUGUAAAUGGUCGCCAACAUCAUGAGACUGAAGAUCAUGAACCUUUUAAUGUUCCGCUAUCUUCCUGGAUUCCUUACCUUUUUGUGAAUCCACAUUAUCCUAUUUGUUCAGAAUAUAUUGGAUAUUUUGAACAGAGGAAGAAGAUGAGGGCAAAAAUACUUGGAGGAAUUGAUAGGUUUUUAACAAAGAGUUGCAUGGAUUCAGGCUCAGAACCACUGAAUCUCAUUCCUUCAGCAGAUCUGACUAUCAAUAGGUGUCAAUUGACUGAAUUCCAAGGACCCUUUUGUAAGUAUAAAAAAUUUAAAAGAGCUCAUGGAAUUCAACAGUGGUGGAAUUAUGUUCCCUGUGAUUCUCUGCGUUAUGAGUACAACGCUACAAACUAUGUUGAAUGAAGCAGCUACUGUGUAAAACAGGCCCAAAAGACUUGUCAAUGCAGCAGUCCAGACUCAAAAUAUGAGGAGGAAGAAUGGGAGAAAGUAUCUCAUAAGAGUCAUGAGAACAAUGUUUCAAUGACAUGUGGGUUCCACAUGCAUGAAACCCACAUGCCCUAUUGGUCUUAUACAAGGUUUUUUUGCAGAAUGGAUAUUGGCAUUGUGUUACGGAUAAGAGCUGAAGAUAAUCCAGCUGUCCAUAACAGCUGCUGAGGUUAAUCCAGCUGUCUAGAGUAGCUGUGAUAAUCUCCAAGACGAAUUACAAAUUGUAGAUAGGAUCUACUGAAGAUAGGAUAAGAUGAAGUUGUUUGUAAUUCAAACUCUUUUAUAUUUUGAAUCUCUGUAUUUGCACAAUCCUAUAUAAAUGAAAAGUCCUAAGCCGAAUUG